AUGGCAGCCAACAAUGAAUGUGCCUUCAUUGCUAUCAAAUCAGAUAGUGUCCAGAGAGAACUAAUCAGAGAUAUGAUCAAACACUUUGCGCAGAAAAGCUUCCAGUUGGUGGCUAUAAAGUUUAUGCAGGACAGUAAAGAGCACUUGCAACAGCACUACAUUGACCUUAAGGACCGUCCCUUCUUCAAAUGACUAAUGGAGUACAUGCAUUCUGGCCCCAUGGUCGCCAUUGUCUGGCAGGAUAUGAAUGUGGUGAAAACCUUUUGUAUCUUGCUUGGAGAGGCCAACCCAGUUGACCCGAACACUGGUACCAUGAGAGUAGACUUCUGCAUAGAGGUUGGAAGGAACAUUUGGAUGGCGGCCAACAAUGAAUGUGCCUUCAUUGCUAUCAAAUCAGAUAGUGUCCAGAGAGAACUAAUCAGAGAUAUGAUCAAACACUUUGCGCAGAAAAGCUUCCAGUUGGUGGCUAUAAAGUUUAUGCAGGACAGUAAAGAGCACUUGCAACAGCACUACAUUGACCUUAAGGACCGUCCCUUCUUCAAAUGACUAAUGGAGUACAUGCAUUCUGGCCCCAUGGUCGCCAUUGUCUGGCAGGAUAUGAAUGUGGUGAAAACCUUUUGUAUCUUGCUUGGAGAGGCCAACCCAGUUGACCCGAACACUGGUACCAUGAGAGUAGACUUCUGCAUAGAGGUUGGAAGGAACAUUUGUCACUGCAGUGACUCUGUGGAAAGUGCCAAGAAAGAAAUUGCCUUGUGGUUCAAAGACGAGGAACUGGCUGAAUACAACAACUGUGUCCAUCAAUGA